AUGUCAAGUCAAGAUCAUCUCUAUUCGCGCUCAAUCGCUGCUAUUGGGAUGGCGACUCAAAAAAAGCUUUUCACCAUGCGAGUCUUGAUUUCUGGUCUCCGAGGAGUCGGUCUGGAAAUCGCUAAAAACUUGAUCUUAGCUGGCCUCAACACAGUAACUUUACAUGAUGAUUCUGUAAUUUCGCUCUAUGACUUAGGGACCAAUUUCUACAUAAAUGAGUCUCAUAUAAACCAAAAUCGAGCUGAAUCAGUCGUCUCCAAGCUCCAAGAGCUCAACCCAAAUGUCUCAGUUAGCAUCUACAAAGGAGAAAUUACCCAAGAAGUUAUUUCUCAACACUCAUUGGUGAUUCUUACAGAAAGUGACAGCACCACGCUCAGAAGGGUGAAUUCCAUUUGUAGAGAGCUAAAUCCUCAGGUAGGCUUUAUAUCUGUUGAAGCCUGAGGAGUGACUGGACAUAUUUUUGUAGAUUUUGGGGAUAGUUUCGAAGUUUCUGAUAGAAAAUGGACAGACUUGAAGAGCUAUAUUAUUACCAAUAUAAGCAAAAGCAAUCCUGGAGUUAUAAUGAUAGAGUUGAGGCAAAGACAAAUACUUCAGACUGGAGACUAUGUAAGGUUCAAAGAUGUCGAAGGAAUGACUCCUCUUAAUGAUGGCAGAGAAAGAAAGGUCACUUAUAUAGGCCGGGACAGCUUUUCAAUAGAUGAAGACACCACAGAAUACCCAGAUUAUAUAAAAUAUGGAAUAGUUGAAGAGGUCAGAAAACCUUUCCAUUAUGAUUUUCGGCCUUAUGAAGUCUCUAUAAAAAAUCCUGAAGAAUUAAAGCCUUUCAUACAGUCUGAUCACUCAAAAGAAAACAGGCCUUCCCAUCUGCAUUUAGCUAUGCUCGCAAUCAGAAAAUUCCAAGAAGUUCAUGGAUUUCUCCCUGAAGUCCACAAUGAAGACCACGCAAACCUCUGUGUGACUUAUGCAAGGGAAAUCAUUGAGGCUGCUUCACAAGAGAUUUUUAUAGAUGCAGUUGACGAUACCAUCAUUAAAAGCGUCGCAAAAUAUGCAAGACUGCAAAUUCCUCCAGUUACUUCUAUAUUUGGAGGAAUUGCAGCUCAAGAAGUCAUUAAAUUCACAGGGAAAUUUACUCCAAUCCAGCAGUGGUUACAUAUGGACUGGCUUGAGCUGAUUCAGCCAACUGCAAGCAUUGUUGACUCAAGAUAUCAUGAUCUCCAAGCAAUAAUAGGAGAAGAAGGACUAAACAAGCUUAAAUCAGUCAAUUUAUUUAUGGUCGGGUCUGGAGCCUUGGGCUGUGAAUUGUUAUUGUAAAUCCCAUUAAUAGCCCCAUAAGUAGUUGAAUUACCCGCUGAUUUUCAAAUUUGGUCAGACCAAAUUGCUAGCAGGUAAUUCACCCACUUAUGAGACUAUUCAUAGUAAAUAACUAUACAGCUUUUUGCAUUAUCUGGAAUUUGCUGUGGGGAUGGAGAACUUACUGUCACUGAUGACAAUAAUGUAAAAGUCUCCGAUUUGACAAGGCAGUUUUUAUUCAACUUGACUAAUGUGGGGCAAUCCAAAAGUGAAUGUGCUACAAGGAUAGCGAAAAUCAUGAACCCAGAAAUGAAUGUCACUGCUUUGAAAAGCAGAGCUUGCCCAGAAACAGAAAACUUGUUUAACGAUAGGUUUUGGGAGAAAUUAAAUGCAGUUUUUGGGGCUGUGGAUAAUAUAGCUGCACGAAUUUAUAUUGACCAAAAAUGUGUUUGGUAUAAAAAGCCUCUCUUUGAAAGUGGAACAAAAGGGACAAAAGCGAAAUCUCAAGUAAUCAUUCCAUUUUUAACCCAAACAUAUUCAGAUAUCCCAUGGAAGCAUGAAAAGAAAAUCUUAACGGAUAAUCUAUAUUUUCCAUAUGCAAUUUCUCACUGUAUCGAGUGGUCUCGAGAAAAAUUGUUAGAUUACUUUACUUCUGGUCCUGGAGAGCUAAAUAAGUACUUGGAAAACCCUGAGGCUUAUAUGCAAAAACUACGAAGCAUGAACAAUGCUGGAACACAAGUUGUCCAGCUAAAACAACUUAAAAAAUAUUUAGAGCUUUCUAAAAUAAGUAGCUUUGAUGAUUGUAUUGCUACCGCAAGACAUAAGUUUAAUAAGCUGUUUAAUGAAAAAAUUAGAACCUUAUUACAUCAAUUUCCCCCUGGUAGUGAUUUUUGGUCAAGGACUAGGAGAUUGCCUGAGCCUUGCAUUUUUGACACAGAAAAAGAAAAUCAUAUAGGCUUCAUAGAAGCUUAUGCGAAUUUGGUAGCCUUUAACCUUAACAUCCCACAGAAUAGAGACAGGAAUUACAUAAAAGAAGUAGCGUCUAAGGUCCAAGUUAGGGAGUUUGCCCCAAAAAAAGCCUAUAUGAAAUUAGACGAUAAUGAGGGCCAGCAGCCAAUCGAAAAAUCUGACAUAGAAUUAAGAGAAGAAUUGCUGAGUUGGGUCGAAGAAUUUUCAUUAGAAAAUGUCAAGCCAAUGACACCAAUUGCAUUUGAAAAAGAUGAUGAUACUAAUUUCCAUAUUGAUUUUAUCCACAAUGCUUCAAGUUUGAAGGCGAAUAAUUUCAAAAUUUCUACAAUAGAAAGACACCAAACCAAGGUUAGUGCUGGAAGAAUCAUCCCAGCUCUGGCUACAACAACUGCAGUUAUUGCUGGAAUUGAGGUAAUUGAAUUUAUUAAAUAUACUAUUGGGCUAGAAUUAAAAAAAAUGAGGGAUUGCUUUAUGAAUUUGGCAAGCCCGCUUAUCCUUUUUCCAGAGCCUCAGCCUGCAAUAGUGAUUAAAUCUGUUGAAUAUGAUGAAGUUUUUGCUGCUCCCAAGAGGGCAUAUAAUGAUGGCUUUACCAAAUGGGAUAAUAUUGUUAUUGAUGGGCCUUGCACAAUGGGAGAGCUAAUCGGCACUUUGAAAGAAAAAUACAAGGUUUCACCAUUACAGAUCGCCUGUGGAAAGUUCUGCUUGUUUAAUCACUAUUCAAGAGAUAAGCUGGAUUGACUAUUUUGGUAUCAUCCUUCUGCUUGCAAAUUUUAUAAGGGUUUUAGGGUCUGCUCUUUAGUGUUGGUGUGCGAAAAGAAUUUGCAUGCAGAUGGAUUAUAACAAAAUAGUCUAUACAUAAUAAUAAAGAUGAGCUGCUUAGAAGAGAAGUUUAUGAGCUAUAUAAAGAAAUUAGUGGAGACAAAACAGGGGGUAAAAAGUCGAUUGGUCUCAUGUUAUAUGCAGUCUCAGUUGAAGAUAAAGCUCUAAUGAUGUUUCCACAUUUGAAGUAUAUUUUCAGUCAUUAG